GCAGAUAGGUCUACAAACAGAACUGCAGUCUAUGCAUUCAUGGUUUCAAUAAUAAUCUGAAAAAUCAGCUAGCUUUAAUCGAGGAUCGGACGACUGUAAAAAAGCCCUAGCCUCUCGAUGACGAUAGAUGCAGCCUUAACGUACUGUGUACGUAAAACUGACUCACUACUCCCUCGACUUUAUUAUAACUGCUCCGACCCGGGUUCCUCAGACCAGCAAGGUACCAAGAAUUAGGAAGUACGAGGCUGAAGCUUGCUAUAACUAGCGGGUACGAGGCUAUCUAGGAAAAUCGAUCAAUCUGUGAGAGACAGCUAGCCAGGGAUCGGAGUGAGAGAGAUGGCGGAGAAUACUGGUACUAAUGUUAGGGUGGUGACUUCUUCAGAUGAACAAGCUGAUGAUCGUAUUCACGUCGGCCAGGAGGAAGGGGAUGAUCAAGAUGAGGACAAGGAGGAAGAAGCUCUAAAGAAGAUGAUAUCAGGUCAUCCAUUAUAUGGAUUGUUGCUUGAGAAUCACAUCAACUGCUUGAAGGUUUGUUUGGGUGAUGAAAUUGGUGCAAUUACAGGGAGCGCUAGUACUACUACUUCUGUUACAGAAGACACCGCCAAUAAUAAGAAGCUCAAGGCCGCCCUUACCAAUCCUAGUUCCUCCGACCUUGAUCAAUUCAUGGAAGCAUACUGCAAAGCCCUAAAGAAGCUUAAAGAAGCCAUGGACAAUCCUCUAAAGGAAGCAUCAUCUUUCAUUAACUCCGCGCAUACUCAGCUUGAGGAGAUCACGAAGACUCCAAGGAAACCGAGCAGGGGCUAAUCCUGACUGAGCCAUCGAGCACCGUCAAGUAGAGACGUGGUUUA